AUGUGGUGGCCGUGGUCGUGGCAAGGGACGGCGCUCGCCGCCGCCGCGUGGCUGUGCCUUCAGCUGGCGGUGGCGCGGCUCAUGGAGGCGCUGUGGUGGCGGCCGCGGCGGCUGGAGCGCCACUUCGCGCGCCACGGCGUGCGCGGGCCGGGCUACCGCUUCUUCUUCGGCAGCUCCAUCGAGCUCAUCCGGCUCAUGGUCGACGCGUCCUCCCGCCCCGCGCCGCCCGAGGCGCCUCACGACGUGCUCCCCAGGGUGCUCGCCUUCUAUCACCAUUGGAGGAAGCUCUACGGUCCGAUGCACCUGAUUUGGUUCGGGACCACGCCGCGGCUGAUCGUCAGCGAGCCGGAGCUGAUCCGGGAGGUGCUGCUGUCGCGGGCGGAGCACUUCGAUCGGUACGAGGCGAACCCGCUCAUCCGCCAGUUCGAGGGCCUCGGCCUCAGCAACCUCCACGGCGACGAGUGGGCGCGCCGCCGCAAGAUCCUCACGCCCGCCUUCCACGUCGAGAACCUCAAGCCGCUCGUGCCGUUCGUCACCGAGACAGUGCAGCGGAUGCUGGAGGAGCGCGUGCUAUCCCCGGCCGCCGCCGUCGGCGGCGGCGAGGUGGAGGUGGACGUGGCGGAGUGGUACCAGCGGCUGCCGCAGGAUGUGAUCACGCUCGCCACGUUCGGCCGGAACUACGAAGAGGGCAGCGUCGUGUUCCGGCUGCAGGGCGAGCACGCCAGCUACGCCACCGAGGCGCACAGCAAGGUCUUCAUCCCCGGCUACAGGUUCCUCCCGACGAGGAAGAACCGGCGCGUGUGGCAGCUGGACAGGGAGAUCAGGAGGCUCCUGGGCAAGUUCGUGACCGGCCUGCAGAGCGGCGGCGACCACCGCGGCGCCCGGGACCACGGGCGCGCCGGCGGCAUGAAAGACUUCAUGAGCUUCAUGGCGCCGACCAUGACGGCGGACGAGAUCGUCGAGGAGUCCAAGAACUUCUUCUUCGCCGGCAAGGAGACGCUGACCAGCCUCCUCACCUGGGCAACCGUCGCGCUCGCCAUGCACCCGGAAUGGCAGGACCGCGCUCGCCGGGAGGUCGUCGCCGUCUGCGGCCGCCGCGGCGCGCCCACCAAGGACCACCUCCCCAGGCUCAAGGCCCUGGGGAUGGUCGUGAACGAGACGCUGAGGCUGUACCCGCCGGCGGUGGCGAUGAUCCGGAAGGCGAAGCGGGACGUGGACCUCGGAGGGUGCGCGGUGCCGGCGGGCACGGAGAUCAUGAUGCCGGUCAUGGCCGUGCACCACGACGUCGGGGUGUGGGGCGCCGACGCAGCGGAGUUCAACCCGGCGCGCUUCGCCGACGGCGGCGACCGGCCGCGGCAGCAGAUGGCGUUCAUGCCGUUCGGCGGCGGCGGGCGGGUGUGCAUCGGCCAGAACCUGGCGCUCAUCGAGGCCAAGGUCGCGCUGGCGCUCGUGCUGCAGCGCUGCGAGUUCCGGCUGUCGCCGGCGUACGUGCACGCGCCCAGGGUGCUCAUGAUCCUCAACCCGCAGCACGGCGCGCCGGUCAUCUUCCGGCCGUUGUGACCCGCCACGAUCACGCGGCAGCUCAGAGAUCCCAAUAGGAUUCAAUUAAUUCCUUCCUGUAAAUUAUCCCCACAUUGCCAAUUGCAAAUAUAUAAAGUAUAUACCAUACAUGAUAGGUAUCAGAUAUAGAAAGAAGGAUCAGUAGCCAAAAAAAA